AGGCCUACAGAGUACUGUCAGCUAGCCUAGCCUACUAGCGGGAGCUAGACAUUAAUAAUAGAUAGAAUGUGUUUUUAUUUUAUUUUAUUCUGGUAUAAAAAUGUUGAGAAUGAUGUUGCUUCCAUUUUAUUUGUUUACAGUCAUUGGGUCCUACUUAAACACCACACAAAAAAUGGGUUUCUUAGUAGAUUUUUAGUUUUUAUGCUGUUGUUUAUUUAUUAAUUAUUAUUCAGUCCUGUGUGAAAUUGCCCCUUGUGGGAUAAAUAAAGAAUUUUUGAAUGAAAACCACACGUAAACAAACAGGACCACACGAACACAAACAAGAUUAAAAUAUUACCACACAAAGUAGAAAACUGCUUAACAAUAAAAAACCAAAAUUUUAUAACAAUAAUUGUCCAAAUUUUGUUAAAAAUCAAUGUACUGUAUGUUUAUGUUUUUGUCCGCCGUGUUUCAGAAAGUAAUGCGUGGACAUUGCGUACGGUAUCUCUGAAACAUUAAAAUGUCAGCAUAAAACACAUUACACAUGACCUCCAUGAUCUGUGUUUCAUAUCAUCGAGAGACUAUUCUAAAUACCACAUGAAAGAUUUUGUGCUUAAUGGUUUGAACUUCAAAUGGAUUUGAUAUUAUUAAAUAAGUGCUUCUACCUCUUGCUUUGGCUCCAGUUUAUUAGGCCUGAAACCACUGCACAACAAGGUUGCCUGGAUCCAGGUCCCAUAGCCAAUGGAUAUCGUAAACCACCACCUGUCGAUGGUUAUUUGGACAAAUAUGCUGAAAUCCGUUUCAUUUGCGAUAAGAACUAUUCUUUAAAAGGCGCCAGGAAAAUCUUCUGUGACUCGAGUAAUCAUUGGAAACCAACAGACACUCUUCCAGAAUGCAUCCCUGAUAUAUAUUGCAAUAAGGCAGAUGUAACUAAUGGUGAGUUAUCAGGUACCACUGUGUCUGGAUCAUAUGACAAAUAUGUUGUCAAUAGUACUGCUACACUAAGCUGUGAUCCCGGUUACGCUAUAUCGCAAACGGGAGAAAGUGUUAAUUAUUGUAAACCAGAUGGGACCUGGGAGAAAGAAUGGGCAACUUGUGAAGAAUUUUUCUUCUGUUAUGAACCUGAAAAUGUUGCAAAUGCCCAUAAGGUUUUCAGCAUUGAGCACUCACAGACUGGCUAUUAUUUUGAGGGUACAACUGUCACUUAUCAUUGCAAGUCUGGAUACACAAUGUAUGGUAGCAAUACAUUGCAAUGUAAAAAUGGACAGUGGUCAGGAGAUUAUCCAAAAUGUGAGUUACCAUGUAGUUCACCUCCGACAGUACCGCAUGGUUCGUACAAACCAUUGUCUCAGAUGUAUUCCUCUGGAGAUCAGGUCGUAUACACGUGUGAAGAGGGUUACCACCUGCCGGCAGACACUGGCACGGUAACAUGUAAUCAUUUGGGCAACUGGACAGGCUCUGGUCAAAUAACAUGUGUUCCCGAUCAUCAUUGCCUAGAUCCAGGAAAUCCAGAGAAUGGAAAAAGGUGUUGUCAAGAAGUGUUUAUUCCAGGUGUCAAGAUAAGCUUCUACUGUGACAGUGGCUACGAAUUAGUUGGAAGGAUGGAACUAACUUGUCAGCCCAUGGGGCAAUGGGAUGGCUAUGCUCCAUCAUGUGUGCAGGUCUCAACUGAAAUGCCCCAAGAUGGACAGAAUAUGUUGACCAAUGAAACCUUCACAAUAGUUGUCGCAAUAUCUGGAUCAAUUAUGGGUAUAUUAACUGUUACUGUGAUCUUGUCGAUUCGUGAGUGCUGCACACAGAGAAGACGACGACGACCACAUUGUCGAUAUCACUCAUCAAUAUCUUCACGUUUGGCACGCAUGCGAGAGCGUAGACACUCACAUCUGAUGUCAUUGACAUCAAAUAUGGAAGUUCCUCUGCCAUCGUAUGAAGAGGCUAUUGCCAGUAAUCCUCAAACAACUUUAGCUGGUGCAUCUGCACAUCAAACACAAACAGCUGAAAAUAAUGAUGUUUCACCAGAACUGCCUCCCCGUCCUGCACACCUAACACAGAUCCAACUCCAGACAACUGAGUCUCAGCAGAGACCCAUCAGUAGUUCCACAAUUAAUCUUCCUUCGCCUCCUGUUCCAAGGUCAAGCAGAAUACCUCCGUGGCGGCGGCGGAGAAAUGCCAGAAAUCAAGAGCAACAGUCAGUGAACUCCGCUCAUUUGGAGAAUUUAGCUGAACUCAGUGAACUUUCACAUUCCACAGAUCCAUUGAUAGACGUAUUGGAUGAGACAUCAAGGAAUGAUGUUGAGUCAUCAGAAAGUGGUGUGAUCUCAGACCAGCAAGAGGAUGACGGCAGUGAGAUUUCUGCAAUAGCUGGAGAAUUAACUCCAUCAGAUUCCUCAGAAAGCUUAUCUACUUUUGAAGGUAACACAGGAAUAUGUGUUGAACAGCAAUCAUAGUCUUUGUGGAAUUCAAGUUAUUCCAGCAGAAAAUCAAAGCAUUGCACACUGGAUGUUUAUAUUAUAAAAUCAUGGUUACCAGUUAUAUAUUUUACUUUUAAUCACAAAAAAAUAAAGAAAGAAAAUUAUUUUUAUAUAGUAAUUAACUGAACAAUGAUUUAGGAUUUUAGGAAUGUUGUAAGGUUUGAUUGUUGACAAUACUUUAAUUGCUUUGGACAUUUGAAAAAUGUUAGCGGCUGGGAAAACUAAAAUUAAAGGUUCUACUGUAUUUAGAUACGGUCCACCCACAUGGCCAUAGCCCAAAGGAAAGGUUCUACUGUAUUAAGGUACGGUCCACCCACUUGGCCAAGUUUGCUUUAUAAGUAUGCCUUAGGAUUUGUACCUGGGAUUAUAGGAUUGAAAGUUGGGCACAUUAACCAAUAAGUCACAGCUUCAUUGAUCAUGUAUACAAGGUGUGAGUGUAAUUUUGUUGGAAGAAAAAAGAUUAGGGUUUAUAAUGAUAUAUAAAUGUACUUAAAAUAUUGUGAACCUAAAUAGUUGUUUGAAAAUUGAUUUCAAUUUUUUUUUUUUUUAACUAUUGUAUGCCAAUUCUCUCCCAGAAGUCAGCUGGCAUGUGUAAUACUAUAUCACUUACAUAUUGAUUAGGUAACUUAAGAACAACAUUUCAUUGGUCAAUUACCACACACAGCAUGGGCUACCAUUACCCAUUCUGGAGUGUUACGUUAGUAUUAAUAUUAUAUUUCAUUCCUUGGAAAAAUAAU